AUGCCAGCCUCGUCACCCCUCAAAGUCGGCGUAAUUGGUCCUGCAGGCUUCGGAGGCUCAUACCUCGCCGUCGAACUCCUCAAUCGAGGCCAUACUGUGAUUGGGAUUUCGCGCAACCCAUCCAAGCUGGGUAAACAUGAGCGUUACAUUCCUCGCUCUGUGGACAUAGACAAUGCACCGAUUGAAGAGAUAGCAGAGACAUACAAGGGAAUUGAUGUGUUGGUGUGUGAAUUUGGGCCACAUACAGCAGGCGUGGGGGCGCUGCUUUAUAUGCCCUUCCUAGAAGCGGUCCGCAAAAUAAUCCUAGCAUACAAGCUCCAGCCCGCGCGCUACUUUCUCUUCGUCGGCGGUGCCGGCUCGCUCCACAUCCCCGGCACCACGCUCCCCUGCGUCGACCACCCCGACUUCUUCCUCGCAUACCGCCGCACAAUCUCCACCUCGCUCGCACACAUUGCGUACAUGGAAGAGCGGCUGGGCAUCCUCGGAACUAGUCUACGGCGGUACCGCACCGCGCGCCUGGCUUCGCCCAAGAGCGCAGAAGACGCCGCUGUCAUCGCAGAGUACGAGAAGCAGAUUCGGCAAAAGGACACAGCGAGCGACUUUAUCAAGGCGGGACGCACUGCGUACAUGUUUUUUGAGGACAGGACGUCGUUUGAGUGGAGUUUUGUGUCGCCGCCGGCCUUGUAUCGGCCUGGCAAGCGGGUUGGCAAGUACGAGAUUAGUGUGGAUGAGAUGGUGUUGGUGGGGGAGCAGAAGGAAGGCGACGAUAUGUUUGAGGGUAGGCUGACGGGCAUUAGUGUGGCAGAUAUGGCGAUUGCCAUUGCGGACGAGGUCGAGGCGAGGAACUUGGUGUGGAAGCAUUGGUCGGCGUGGGGUGAUAUCAGUGAGGAUGUACCUGCACCGGCAUAUGCGUCGUUGGAAAGUGUGGAGGGGGGCAGCAAAUAG